AUGGGUUUAUCACGGUUAAGCGCCGGUGAGCGCAGGCGGCUGGCCAGACUGGGGCUCGCCGGGUCCCGGCCGCCCCGCGCCAUCGCCCUGCGAGCCCGGGACGCCCGCGUGGAUCCCCUGGUUCUCAAGUUUGGCGCCCUCGAACACUGUCGACUCCAUCCCAACUUCUACGCGGAGGAGAAGUAUGGACACUGCGCCUUUAAGGGAGCCAGGGACGGGGUUCUGGGUGGGCGGGGGCUAUGGGUGGGCGGGGCCCUAGGGGCGGGGCCUUCUCGAAGUGGCCCGAGGGCGCGGCCGCCUGGACCCGCCAGGCGCCCAGCGCGGAGCAGACAUGACCUCGUGCAGGACUUUGGGAGCCCAGAGGGCACUCAGUUGUUACCCCAGCUCUGCAGCGUGGCCACUUGUGGUGCUCGUUCCAGGUGGUUUCACCUUAACAUUGGUGGAGUUGAGGCAGAGAAGCUGCUCCUGUCCAGGGGCCAGCACAGGAGCUUCCUGGUGAGACCCAGCAAGAGCUGCCCCGGGGGCUUCACACUGUCCAUCAGGCGCCACAAUGAGGUGGCCCACAUCAAUGUCCAGAACACGGGCGACUACUACGAUCUCUACGGAGGGGAGAAGUUCGCCACUCUGGGCGAGCUGGUGCAUCACUACACAGGCCAGCGUGGGGGGCUGCUCCGUGAGCGCAGCGGGGCCCCGGUAGAGCUCCGGCAGCCACCGGGCUACCAGCACCCUGUCUCUGAGCGGUGGUACCAUGGACACCUGUCUGGCAAGGAGGCCGAGCAGCUGCUGAUGGAAAAAGGACGUCUAGGCACCUUCCUGGCGCCGGAAAGUCAGAGCAAGCCUGGGGGCUUCGUGCUGUCCGUGCUCACACCGAGGCCUGAGAAGGCUGCCCUCCAGCCGCAGGUCACACACAUCAUGAUCCACUUCCAGCCAGAUGGGAAGUACGACGUGGGAGGAGGGGAAGAGUUCGCCCUGGCUGACCUGGCGGAGCGCUACAGGAAGAACCCGAUGGUGGAGAAGUCGGGGACGGUGGCGCAGCUCAAGCAGCCCCUCAAAGCAACGAGGAUCAACGCCACAAGCAUCGAGAGCCGACUGCAAGAGCUCAGCGGGCCCACUGAUGCCGGCGGGAAGGCCAAGCAGGGCUUCUGGGAAGAAUUUGAGAUGCUGCAGCAGCAGGAAUGUCGGCUCCUGUACCCCCGGAAGGAGGGGCAGCGGCUGGAGAACAAGCCCAAGAAUCGCUACAAGAACAUCCUUCCCUUUGAUACCACCCGUGUCACUCUGCGUGAUGGGGACGACACUGUGCCUGGAGCCGACUACAUCAACGCCAACUACAUCAGGGUGGGUCCAGGUCACGGACCGGGCAAGGUGUACAUCGCCGCCCAGGGCUGUCUGCAAAGCACAGUGGCUGCCUUCUGGGCAAUGGUGCACCAGGAGAACACGCGGGUCAUUGUCAUGGCCACGAGGGAGGUGGAGUGAGGCCGGAACAAAUGCUUCCGGUACUGGCCCGAGCUGCAGGGCAGCCAAGAAUAUGGCCGUGUGCGUAUUUUCAACUUGGCAGAGUACCAAGCCCAGGGCUACUGCGUGCGGGAACUGCAGGUGUGGCGGCCAGAUCAGGAGGAGCCGCGGCGCACAGUGGAGCACUACCAGUACUUCAGCUGGCCAGACCACGGGGUCCCGGCCGAGCCCUCCGGCGUCCUCGGCUUCCUGGAUGAGGUGAACAGGGCCCAGAGCAGCAUGCCGGGGGCUGGACCCAUGGUGGUGCACUGCAGCGCCGGCAUCGGACGCACGGGCACCAUCAUCGUGAUUGACAUCCUGGUGGACCUCCUCCGCAGGCAGGGUCUGCACUGCGACAUCGACGUGCCCAGGACCAUCCAGCUGGUGCGGCGGCAGCGCUCGGGGAUGGUGCAGACCGGGGCGCAGUACAAGUUCGUGUACCUGGCGCUGCAGAGGCACAUCCAGGCCGAGCAGCUGCGCCUGCGCAAGCAGCGCCGGCCGCCGGAGGAGCCCUACUACCUGAACGUGGGCCUCGGGUCGGCGGACCCCGGCCGCAACGCUGCCCCCUGCCCCCGUGUCGUCUCGGGCGCCGGCGGCGUGAGUGGGGUCGUCGCGGAGCGGGCCGGGCCAGGGUCCCGGGGGGAAGAGGGCACGCGGGACGGGAUCCCGCGAGGGCGCCGACCGAGCCCUGUCUCCGCCCGCAGGAUCCCGGAGGCGACCGGCGGCGAGUACGAGAACCUGCGGAGCCCCGCGCGCCAGGUGAAGGAGGAGCGGGAGGGCCUCAGGGCUGUGGUGUGUCUCUCGGUGUGGGAGGCCGCCAGUCACCGCCUGCACCGCACGGGUUUGCCUGCCCCUACCCUCGUCCUCAGCACCCACCUCCGCUUCAGAGCUGCCAUUGCGCGGGUGCACGUGAGAUGCUCCUGUGAGCACGUGUGCGACCUCGUGUGCCCGGGUGAGGCUCACAUGCGUGCGUGA